GUUUAAAACCGAUAAUGGAUAGUAUAACGAUAAACGAUGUAAGCUUAUUUAGAUAAUCAGUAUAAAUGUAACUUCCUCUUCAACAAUUUCUAUUCAAAAUGAUACUUUUAACUAUAUGUUUAGUUACUUUAGCCUCUACUACAAAAGCAAAAUCACAAGAAUGUAAUUUACCUUCGGAUUUGGUAAACGAAAUUCAUUCCUACCAAGAAACUAUCAAUAAAAUUAUUGAUGCAACUACCAAAGGUCGAUUCAAGGGACAAACAUAUAAAGAACUGGCCGAUUUCGUCGAUAAAUUUGGAGCUAGACAAGCUGGUGGUCAAAUAUUGGAACAAUCUAUCGAUUAUUUAUUGAAUUUGAUGCAACAAGAUGGAUACGAUUUGGAAAAUGUACAUGGUGAAAAUGUUUCAGUUCCACAUUGGAUUAGAGGUAAACAGAUGGCGAAAAUGCUUCAACCUCGCCAAACAGACAUCCCAGUAUUAACUUUAGGAGGUUCUGUAUCCACACCAGUAGAAGGUAUUAAAGCAGAAGUAUUGGUCGUUAAAGAUUUCGAUGAACUGAACAACAAAUCUGAAUUAGUCAAAGGAAGAAUUAUCGUUUUUAAUAAUGAGUGGGUUCAAUAUGGUAUUUCAGUUGUAUACAGAAGUCAAGGGCCGAUUAAAGCUGCACAGCUUGGAGCAGUCGCCGUUUUAAUAAGAUCUGUUACUCCCUUUUCCCUUGCCAGUCUUCACACAGGACAAACAAAUUACGACGAUAAUAUAAAAAAAAUCCCGGCGGUCUGUAUCACGAUUGAAGAUACUAGAAUGUUUCAGAGAUAUCAGGACAGGAACGAAACUAUUGUUUUGGAACUUAAUGUUCAAACCGAAAAUUUAGACCCAACAAUAUCCCGCAACACAGUCGCUGAACUAACAGGUACUAAACAUCCCGAAAAGAUCGUACUAGUUUCCGGACACCUGGAUAGUUGGGACGUUGGUGUUGGAGCCAUGGAUGACGGUGGUGGUGCUUUCAUUUCUUGGUAUUCCUUAGUAGUACUCAAGGCACUAGGUUUAAGACCUAAAAGAACGAUGAGGACUGUUUUAUGGACAGCCGAAGAACCAGGUUUAAUAGGUGUACAAGCUUACAACGAAACUCAUCAAAACGAAUUGGAUAAUUUUAUAUUUGUAAUGGAAUCUGAUGAGGGUACAUUCACCCCUCUGGGGAUAGAAUAUGUAGCUGGAAUCGAAGGGGGAUGUAUCUUAGAAGAAAUAUUGAGUCUAUUAUCUUCAAUAAACGCAACAACUACCAAAAGAUCAUCACAAGGAGUAGGAUCGGAUAUCACAAUAUGGAAGGACAUCGUACCAACUGCAAGUUUGAUGAAUAAAAAUGAAAAAUACUUUUGGUUUCAUCAUUCUUCGGCUGAUACAAUGGAUGUUCUGGAUCCUGAAGCUUUAGAUAAAUCUGUAGCUUUAUGGGCGUCGGUUGCUUAUAUUAUAGCUGAUCUUAAGAAAGAUUUUCCUAGAAACUUGAACGAAUCCGAAUAUUUGAAACCCACUCUGACGUUGUUAUGAAAUUAAAUUGAAUUCGCCAUGAAUUUCACUCACUAUAAAUAAUUAAAAUAAAUCAUUUAUUCGG